GUGUGACACAUGCCGUUGGACUGAACGCGUGUGCGCCUAGCUACCGCUUUGGCGCGAAUAAUAUUAAAUCGGAAAAAACAGUGUCCAAUGUAAAAUAAAGUAAAAAAAGAACAAAUUCUGUGAUGACAGAGACCAUUCGAUAUAUCACAAGGAUUGUGUUUUUAACCAUACUUUACUAUGCAGUGAUAAGUGUUUAUAAAGAAAUAAAAAGAUAUUUGAGUGUGUUCGAAUAGUUGGAACAAUCGCACUGAUCGGAUUGCAGUUUUGAAAACAAUACGAUUUCAAAAUGGACGAGAAUAUCAUGAACGAGACCUCAUACGGCAGCCAAAGUGAACUUUCAAAGUUCUCACCGGGCCUACUAACGUUCGCAGCAGUAAUGACGGGACUCAUCAUGCUAGUAGGACUUUUUGGGAACCUACUUACCGUGGUAGCCCUGCUUAAAUGCCCGAAGGUGCGCAACGUGGCCGCAGCGUUUAUUAUCAGUCUCUGCUGUGCCGACUUUCUAUUCUGCGCCAUGGUACUCCCUUUCGCAAUCUCUGGCUUCUGGCAGCAGAAGUGGUCCCACGGCGACGUGCUGUGUAAGCUGGUGCCGUUCCUGAGGUACGGGAACGUCGGGGUUUCUCUGCUUAGCAUCGCUCUCAUCACGCUGAACCGCUACAUAAUGAUCGCUCACCACAGCUGCUAUGGGCGCGUGUACCGCAAGUACAACAUCGCGCUCAUGAUCGUCUUCUCGUGGAUGUUCGCGUACGGCAUGCAGAUACCGACGCUGAUUGGGAUAUGGGGUAAAUUCGACUACGAUAAGGAACUGGGAACAUGUUCGAUAGUACCUGAUGAUAACGGCCGCUCUUCGAAGACCGCUCUCUUCGUCAUCGCUUUCUUGGUACCGGCUUUGCUAAUUUUGAUGUGCUAUGCGAGGAUCUUCUGGGUCGUGCAUAGCUCAGAACAACGCAUGCGGGAACACCAGCGCUCGCAACACGCCAGCCCAGGCUCACUUAACACAGACAAGCGUUCCACCGUCAAGGACAACAGGGAAACCAAAGCACGCAGGAACGAAUGGCGUAUCACCAAGAUGGUGCUCGCUAUCUUCCUGUCCUUCCUGGUGUGUUACCUGCCAAUCACCAUCGCUAAGGUCGCUGACAACCAUGUGCAAUAUCCCGUAUUCCACAUCGCCGGCUACCUCCUUCUGUACGCAAGCGCCUGCGUGAACCCGAUUAUCUACGUCAUAAUGAACGCGCAAUACCGCGCCGCGUACGCAGCGGCGCUGUGCUGCCCUCUCUCGAGGCUGUCAGGGCUCACCAGCGAAAUGGAACGAGCGUCACGGAUACAGCUACAGCAACACACGAACGGCGCUCAGCCAAGUGUCACUGGGGGAGUCCAGAGCGGACCCCAGGGCCUCCACGACCCCCGCGGGCCCGCACCGGUAGACCCCCGGCCGGCGCCCAACGGCUCGAGCACGCCGCUAUCCGGCUCGACUACGAAAAUCUCGAGCACGCCGAAAUCAAACUUGAAAAUCUCGAGCACACCAAGCUCCAUGAAAAUCUCGAACACUCCGAUAAUCAAUAAACCAAGCUCUCUAAAAGUCGGGCCGGCGCGUGUGAGCCCUGUAGGACCUAAGGUCACCAGGUUCCAGAUUGGCAGCUACGGACAAGGUGCUGAUAGGACGACCAAUAUAUAGCGCCCGUCGCUCGCUAAAAGAACCGACCAAAGAUAAUUCCAAAGAGUAUUUUAAGCACUUAUAAAAGCACUGCUUUACGCCAAAUAUUUUGCCAAAAUAUAUUGAUUUUAAAAUUUGACGAUAAUGAAAAACGUAAGUAGACUAAGACGCACUGAGAUUCCACCGGAAUGAAGUAUUCAUAGUUUUAACUUAUUUCACGUAUCAAGUCAUUAUUUUAUUUUUAAAUGGCUAUUAUAUAUAUGUAUAUAAUUCUUAAAUAAAGUCCGUCCUGCUAGCGAGCGACGAGUCAUUAUAAUGGUAACAUAGUUUUAAUUAUUUGUAAAUAUUUAUACGUGCAUUACAUUUGUAAAGUGAUAUUUAAAUGAAAUACAAAUGUAUCUCCGAUGAAUUUUUGCAUGUUUCAACUGUUUUGAAAAAACAGUUAUCAUGUUCUGUUAUACAUUCCUUUAUGUAAAGUUUAGAUCUGUUUUUUAUUUAUUUUUAAGUGAAGACACAUUCCAAACAUGUUUUUACAGCCGAAACUAAAUAUAGAAGUGGCGAGUGUUUUACAUAAUAAAAAUGAAUUAUGCAUCCUUCAAAGUUUCACCAGCAGUCGUAGGCAAACUCAAAUGUAGGCAAUUUAUUCCAAAAGGGAACACAAAAACUAUGUACAGUUUUAAAUAAUUUACAUACUAUUUAACCCCCGGUAAACACUCGAUAAUAAUGUUUGCAUCAAGAUUAUGUAAUUCUACAAAAUAUCACAAAUAUAAUAAAAUUGUAUAAAAUAUUAGGAUAUUAAGAUAGACCAUAAAAGAUUGAGAUUUACACUCUAUGCUUUCACCUGUUUCAAAUAAUAUGUACAAGGGCUGGCAAGCUAAUAUUCUCGCUGAUGGUACCAAGAAACAUACAUUUAUGUACAUUUAUGUUGGAAAAUUUCAAUGUUUAUUACCUUUCUCUAACCUCCAAAGGAUUUCCUUGGAACCGCGCUCCAUUAAGUGCCAGGGUGUACCUUUAUUUUAUUAUCUUAUGCACCUGCAGAUAUAAAAUAUUCAUCCCCAUCCAACAUAGAUACUUUAUAAGAAUACAAAGUGUAGUCACAUUAGUGCCUUUGACAUAAAAACAAAAUACGUUGAUUGGGUCAUGCACAUUUAGGUAGGUAUCUACCUAUAUACUUAUGAAAAUAAAUAUCUACCAUCUGCAAACCAAUUUGGUAACAUUGACUUAUCUUUUCUAUUGACUAUAUUUUAUUAAAAUUUUUGUUUUGGUUUAAUACAGACAGCGAUUGCUCGUGGUAGGUAAUUUAUCGCACAAGCUCGAGCAAAUUUACCAAAAGUAGACAUUAUUUUUAAAGUAAUAAGAGUCAGGGAAAUCGGCUUGAUAAAAGCCUUAAAUUAUACAAUUUAAAUACGUCAUAAAGGGCCUGUUUCGAAAUGUCCGAGUUAAGCCCUGAAUAAACUACUUGCCAUUUUUCUGACGAAUAAAGUCAUCGUUGGCGUUUCACAACCUUCAAUAGUUAUUUGUGCAACAAGAGAGGAAAGUUGGUUUUUCUUGCGAGUGUUGAUUUUGAGUCCCGAGUAAGCGAACGAUUUUAUAAUUUAAUUUUAAGUUAGAAUCUUGAGCGUAGCGAGGGACUCAAAAACACGAGAUGUAAAAUAACUUUGCUCUCGUGUGACACAUACAACUUUUCACCUCAGCAGUGAGAUCAUAUUAAAGGUUAAAAAAAAAUCAACAUCAAAUAAAGUUAACCAAAUUUAUUUACAUUCAUGAAUGAAAGGCAUCAACAUUAUAACGAAAGCUUCUAGAAAUAUUCCUGUAUUCAUGGCUUUCACUAAAUAAAAAACCUAGUUUGUCUCAUUCCCUGGAGUGACGAAAGUAGGCUUGUUCGAGCUGCUGAGGUGAAAAUAAUCUUAACUGGUAGAUUAAUUUAAAUACCUCUUUUCUACUUGUCGACUGUAAUGUUUGAAAUUUUGAAUUAAGAUUUCGUAUACCAAACUAUAACUAUAAUUGCGUAAUUUUCAUGUGGGCUCCCAGUUCAACUAUAA